GAUCCUGCUGACUUUGUUUGAAGUUUGGUUGUCUUCUUGGCGAGCUCAGAGCGAGAGUGGUUUACUUCUGCUUGUGGAAGGGUCUAGCUGGUACACAGCCCUGCAUUUCAUUGAAGCCUGAAUUAGUUUCUCACCAUGGGUGUGAAUAUUUUGGUGGAUCUUCCUGAGGGCUGCCGUGCACUACACGCAAGGGAUUCUGAACUAGGUUGCAGCCUGAAGCAGUUUGUUGAACAGCAUGUCCCUUCCUUGGACGACUAUUUCCUUCUCCAUCAGGGAAAGCUCCUUGCUGCUGAUAGUGUUAUCGGUAACGAUGACGAAGUCCUGAUGGUAAGAUGUGUUCCACGUCUAAUUGGUGGCAAAGGAGGCUUCGGAUCCAUGCUGAGAACAAUUGGAAAUCAAAUCGAGAAAACGACCAACAAGGACGCUUGUCGCGAUUUGAAUGGCAGACGAAUCCGCGACGUAAAGGCUGACAAAGCUGUAGAGGAAUGGCAGAAAGGUGAAGCGGAGCGUGAAAAGGAACGGGAAGAGGCUCGAAAGCAUCGACGGGAGCGCAUGUUGGCUGAGCCAAAGAGCACGUUUGACAGUACUACAUACCUAACGGAGCUUCAAGACCGUGCUGAAAAAACUGAGGACAGUGUUCGCAUGGGUAUGGAGGCGCAGAAGCAGCGUGGAGUGGCAUCCAGUACCACAGCCACAUCAAUGUCGUCUCUCAAGCGCCCGGCGUCAAGCGAUUUAGUCAGCUCGGGCAAGCGCAAGCGUGCCACGAUGCGUGCACUGGACCGUUUCACUGGCGUUGACUCUGGAAGUUCGGAUGAGAGUGAUGCAGAGAGUGAGUCGAGCAGCAGUGGUGCAAGUAGCAGUGGCACAGCCGCAAGUGCUGCUGGAUCGACCGGCUCAGCUGCACAGUCAGCAGGAUCCCCGGCUGCUGCCACUGCUGCUGCUGCUGCUACAUAGCAUGCCUUCGCGCAUUAGUUUGGUUAGCCUUUUUUAUGACUACAGUUGACUGAAGCUACAUAGCUGUAUUGUAUGGUACUGUAUUCACACAUCAAAGCACUCUACUGCAUGAGCCAUGAGUCUACCUGUAUUCUUUGUAAUGAUUAUGUGGAUGUUCGAUUAGCCGGAGACAUUCAUUAAUUUGUGCUCAUGUAUAUGCUUGCUAGAGUUAGACUGACUGACUGUGACUGAUUUUGACUGACUUGUAUUAUAAUAAAGAAGAGGUUGGUGCGACUUUGAUGAUACUUAUAAGUUGUAUAAUUAUAGCGUUGUAUGAGGACAACGUUGAUGA